AGCUUGGCCAAUCCCAAUAUGGACGCAUUGCUUUGUUGAACCACGGUGGAGUACUGCUCUUGAUCGACGUGGGCGAUCGGCGGUGCUUUUCUCAUCGUUCGCUGAUUGUGACUAUCCACUAUUCUUUUGGAGGGGGUGAGUUUAACCCCUUGAUUGGUGUUGGGCGAGCGUAGGGGUGGGAUGUAUAUAUGGAGGACCGAUCUUACCACACAUCGCUUCGUCACUACAGCGGCAAGGCAUAUCACAACCACUGGGAUACCAUAUGCUCCUGAGUCAAUCACAACUACAACCACAAAUCAACAAUAUGCCAUCAAAAGGCUGGACAACACUCCCACCCUGCCCAGGCCCACCACCAAACCGGCCCCUCCCUCCACUACCUUCAAAGUCAUAACCACAUCGAGUGGAGGAGUGAAAACGACGUCGACGCCAUCAGUCGAGUCGAGCAGGAGGAAAGCAGAAUACCCACACGUGUACGAUACGAUACUUUGCCGCGACUUCAGCUUGGAAGGAAUCGUAGGAGACAGAGGACUUGAUUCAAUUCUUUGGUGACGGAGAGUGACUUGCUAGAGUUUAACUCAUUGUACGAGAUUUGGUUUGAAAG